AUGCCGGGGCAGGAAAUUACCAUUGACGAGUCGUUGUGGAAGUUCCAUGAGAAACUAGAUAUCAAUACCUGCAACACAAGCAAGAGGGCAACCUUUGGGUUGAAGGUCUGUAAACUCUGUGCCACUACUGGCCCAGCAGCAGGGUACACUUCUUGUUUUAAGGUAUACAUUGGGCAGGACCGUGGCGACAUACCCUCGUCCACGAAAGCAGUGCUUCAUUUGAUGGAGACUGGUGGCUUUCUUGGGCUGGGAUACCAGUUGUUUGUGGAUGCCUGUGUGAGGGGAAAAGGUGAUGUGGACUACUGCAGCAGCAAUGGGUUGCUGGCCUUGCAGUGGAAGGGCCGUGACACUUUCACUUUGCUGUCAACAAUCCAUACUGCUUCAAUGGAUGGGAGUAAGCCGUCAGUGGUAGUAGAUUACAAUAACAGCAUGAAAGGUUUUGAGUUUGGUGAUCAGAUGGCAAGCUACUAUCAGAUGAGUCGCCAUUCCAAAGCCUGGUACAGGAAGAUUUUCUUCUACCUCUUUGACCUGGCUAUUGUCAAUGCCUGGGCCGUCCAUCGUGCCCUAGGCGGAGGUGAGUCUCAGAAAACCUUCAGAUCCGAUCUCGCCAAAGAAUUACUAGGGGACUUUAGAGAAGGAGCCGAUUCUACCAGGCAUUGCACUGCAACACGACCACCAGUUGCUGUGAGGCAGGCCUUACAACAGCGACGGCACGCCGUCACCGAAAUCCCUGAUGGCAAGAGGAGGAGGUGCCGUUGGUGUUCAGAACAGGGUCAACGGAAGAACACCAGGAGCUUCUGCCCUGACUGCAAUGUAGGCCUCUGCACCUAUGGGUGCUUUGAGGCUUGGCACACAGAUGAGUAA